AGCAUGCACGCAGGCUUAGCCCAUUGAUUAAUCCAAUGUAUUUAAGUCGCGUUUAAGUAUGUUUCCCCAGUCCGGUCAUUAACAUUGUGAUGUUUCUGCUUGUUUUCCUCGUGUUCAGUGAUGGUUCCUGCAAUAAAUCCCUCGUUCCCCAAUUCUCCGUCUCCCUGCUCCUGCUUCCCCGGUCCAAUCCAUAACAAGCAGACAUUAUUUAUGUGAUUCAGUUAUUUAUUGCAUAUGGAAAAUUCCACAUUCAUAAGAAAAAGGUUUUAAGACCUAAACCCAAUUUUCCCCCAAUUUUUUAGAUGAAAUUAAGCAGUACGGCACAACUUUAGUUCAGUAUAAAAACGAAAAAGCUAAGCCUGUAAAAUUCCUCUUAUCUUCUCUCUUAUCCCUGGCUUUGUUACUGUUUUAUGUGCUUGAGAGUUCCUUUGUUGAUAUGUUGUAAUAUUGUUCAUUAUUAAUUAAGCGUGUAUGGUGGGCACACACUUGGCGUGUUUAACCACUUGCACUUCGGUAACAUCUUAAAAUUGAGAGUGCUCAUUUAAAUGAUAUAGCACAUUUGUGAUUGCUGCAUUUGUUAUAAUGGUGUGGUAUUGGUGUGGAUUGAUCUAGGUUUGAAUUUGCAGAGGAGCACGUGGUAAUGCUGAGGGUUGGGAUACCACCCAGGACUCUGUAAGGUGGAUUCGCCUGUUUCUAAUUGUUCGUUUUUAUGGACCGGAGAGUGCUUUCAAUGUUACUAUUUUAGUGGUGUGUGCAAACUUAUGGAUCCAGCCUUUUAACUGUCUUUGUGACAACUCUGUAAAUAAAGUAUUGUUUAUAUAGCUUUUGCACCUCAGCCUUCAACUGUUCAUUUACUUGAACUUUACCAGUGCAGGGUGGUCCCUUAUAGUAGGGGCCAGUUAGGUGUCUUCAUUUCCUGCUCAAUCAAGAGUGAGUGGCGUAGUUGAAAGUAGAAGAGGGAGAGGGUCUGGACAAUGAGGGCCACAAUAUGAUGUGCAAUUAAUCGAGACUCUGCAAAAUCAGGAACAAUUGCUUUGUACAAAGACUGUAGAAAACAGUGCCAUUGUCUUUUCCUGAGAGUAGCGCAAAUUUAUUUAUAUAGCCACCCAAGAUAACUUGCUCAUUUAUAACUUUGUGUCAGUACAGACUGAAUAAAUACAUUAAACCAACAGUGAUUAUCUGCUCUGAAACAUGUCAUUCCAGGACACUCGCAAUGGAGUCUCUGACAGCCGCAAACACCCGCUUCUCGCUGGAUCUCUUUACGAAGAUUAGUAGCGGUAACAAGGACAAUGUCAUCUUUUCACCAUUCAGCCUUUCCUCCGCCCUGGCCAUGGUGUACUUGGGGGCUCGGGGUGACACGGCCGCUCAGAUGGCGCAGACUCUGCAUUUUCACAAAGCUGAGGAAGAUGUUCAUGUUGGAUUCAGCCAGCUGUUGUCCUUGCUUAACAAACCUGGGGCCCCUUAUUCACUGAGCAUUGCCAACCGCUUGUUUGGAGACGAGUCUUAUCAGUUUGUUGAGAAAUUCCUUACUGACAGUAAUAGACACUACAAGGGUGAACUGGAGCCUGUUAACUUCCAAUCAGACGUCGAGGCAGCCAGGGUGAACAUUAACACCUGGGUGGAGAAGCAGACAAACGAGAAAAUCAAGAACUUGCUGACUCCAGGGAUGCUUGACCCCUCGACUAGACUUGUGCUGGUAAAUGCCAUCUAUUUCAAGGGUAACUGGCAGAGAAGAUUUGAUCCUGCAAAAACAAGGGAAAUGCCCUUUAAAAUAAACAAGUUUUUGCUCUGGAAGAAGAGUGUGCCAGUGAUGAUGAUGUGCCAAAAAGACGGCUUUGGUUUAUCUGACAUUCCAGAGGCCAAGUGUAAGGUUCUGGAGAUGCCCUAUGUGGAUAAUGAGCUCAGCAUGCUCAGCAUGCUCAUCAUGCUACCAAAUGAGGUCAAUGGGCUGGAGGAGCUGGAACAAAAGCUCACAUAUGAGAACUUUACGGACUGGACGAGACCAAACAGGAUGCGUUUUCAGGAGGUGAUUGUGAAAUUGCCCAAGUUUAAGUUGGAGGAGACCUAUGAUAUGAAGCAGGUCCUGAGCAGCAUGGGUAUGGUGGACGCCUUUGAUGAACAGAAGUGUGACUUCUCCGGCAUGUCUCCCGAUAAUGACCUGCUGCUCUCCAAAGUGGUGCACAAGGCCUUCGUGGAGGUGAAUGAGGAAAGCACGGAGGCAGCCGCUGCCACUGCAGGUCUCUUCAGGUGUACGAGGAGUAUCAUCAUGUUCAAACCCCGGCCACUCAUCUUCACUGCAGACCACCCUUUCCUGUUCUUCAUCAGGCACAAUCCCACUAAGAGCAUCCUCUUCUAUGGCCGCUUCUGUUCCCCUGGGUGUUUGUGAAUGACAAUGGGCAUCCAACUAAAAGAUCACAGUGUGCCUUGCAGAAUUAACUAAAUUUUAGUUUUUAAAAUGAUCUUUUAUCAUUUCUACCUGCUUGUCAAAAUACUGCUCUAAACCAGUGUGAGGAUUUUGUCUGUCUACCUUUUAAUAUGUUCUGAACUGAACACAAAAUAUUGUUGUUAAACUGAGAACAAGUGUUGUAUGAAAAAUUUGUAAAAAUUAAAAUGCAUGUUUAACAAGA